GACGCGUGACGCGCGACACGCGACGUGUCUCACGCGAAGCCGAGGCCUCCCCGCAGCUACAGGGCCCCUGUUUAACACUACAAUGCGACGAGCUUUAGAACGAGCUUUGGAUCGUGCAGAGUCUGUCAUUGAAAGUAUUCAGCAGAGACCUCCGAGAAGGAGAUACUCAUCUAGUGGGGAAAAAAGUCUAGAUCAGAAACUUUAUGACAUUUAUGUUGAGGAGUGUGAAAAAGAGCCUGAGGAUACGGAGGAAUUGAGAAGCAACGUUAACUUGUUAGAGAAGCUUGUUAGGAGAGAGUCCUUGCCAUGUUUAGUGGUCAACCUGUACCCAGGAAACGAGGGCUAUUCUCUCAUGCUGAAGGGACAAAAUGACUCCUGUUCAGAGACCAUUCGAGUCCCUUACGAAGAAAGGGAAUUGCUUGACUACUUUGAUGCAGAGGAGCUACCUCCUAUUCUGGUUGAUUUGCUGGAAAAAUCCCAGAUUAACAUUUUUCAUUCUGGGUGUGUCAUAGCAGAAAUCCGUGACUAUAGGCAGUGGAGUAGUGGGGAACCUCCUGGUUACCAAAGUAGGCACAUUCUCUUACGUCCAACGAUGCAGACUUUAGUCUGUGACGUUCAGUCAAUUGCAAGUGAUGGCCACAAAUGGACCCAGGAAGACAAACUUAGGCUUGAGAGCCAACUGCUCUUAGCGACAGCAGAGCCACUGUGCCUUGAUCCUUCUGUGGCGGUCGCCUGUGCUACAAACAGGCUGCUGUAUAACAAGCAAAAGAUGAAUACUGCCCCAAUGAAUCGGAGCUUCCAGAGGUAUUCUUGGUUCUCUCUAAAUCGGCAGGAGGAACUGUCUGACUGCCCAGCUCCCCCAGAACUCAGAGUUCUGGCUUCUUCCAAAAAAGAACAAGAAAGAAAAGCAGGCCAGCAUUAUGACCUGAAAAUUUCUAAAGCAGGAAAUCGUGUAGAUAUGUGGAAACGGAGACCCUGUGAUUUGGCUGUGCCUUCGGAAGUGGAUGCUAGAGGGAAACCGUCUGUCAGAUAUGAUGAGUCGCCACCACCGGUGUGGCCAGCUCAGGAGGUAGAUGAUUGUGUCUUUGAAUGGGAAGCUGGCGAUCAGUCCCAGAAAACCAAGCCGAGCAUCAUGCAGUCGUUUAAUGAUCCACUUUUCUCUGGUAAAGUUCAGAAACGUAAAGAAGCCAGACGUGAGAGCCACGCAUUUUCCCCCACUGUCUCCUCAGGUGACGAUUCAGAUGGUCUCAGGCCGGUGUGGGCAGGUGAGGAGGUAGAUGAUUGUGUCUUUGAAUGGGAAGCUGGCGAUCAGUGCCAGAAAACAAAGCGGAGCAUCAUGCAGUCAUUUCAUGAUCCACUUUUCUCUGGUAAAGUUCAGAAACGUCAAGAAGCCAGACAUGAGAGCUACAUGUACCCUUUUGCCGCCUCCUCAGGUGACGAUUCAGAUGGUCUCAGGCUUGUCUGGCCAGCUCAGGAGGUAGAUGAUUGUGUUUUUGAAUGGGAAGCUGGUGAUCAGUCCCAGAAAGCCAAGCCGAGCAUCAUGCAGUCAUUUCAUGAUCCGCUUAUCUCUGGUAAAAUUCAGAAACAUAAAGAAGCCAGACGUGAGAGCCACAUGUGUACCCCUGCCUUCUCCUCAGGUGACCAUUCAGAUGUUCUCAGGCCGGUGUGGCCAACUCAGGAGGUAGAUGAUUGUGGUUUUCAAUGGGAAGCUGGCGAUCAUUCCCAGAAAACAAAGCCGAGCAUGAUGGAGUCGUUUCAUGAUCCACUUCUCUCUGGUAAAAUUUGGAAAGGUAAAGAAGCCAGACGUGAAAGCCUCAAGCGUCCCCACACCAUCUCCUCAGGUGACCAUUCAGAUGUUCUCAGGCCGGUGUGGCCAGCUCAGGAGGUAGAUGAUUGUGUCUUGGAAUGGGAAGCUGGCGAUCAGUCCCAGAAAACCAAGCUGAGCAUCAUGCAGUCGUUUCAUGAUCCACUUCUCUCUGGUCAAAUUCGGAAAGGUAAAGAAGCCAGAUGUGAGAGCCACACGCGCCCCACCGCCCUCUCGUCAGGUGAUGCUUCAGAUGUUCUCAGGCCGGUGUGGCCAGCUCAGGAGGUAUAUGAUUGUGUCUUUGAAUGGGAAGCUGGUGAUCAGUCCCAGAAAACCAAGCUGAGCAUCAUGCAGUCGUUUCAUGAUCCACUUCUCUCUGGUCAAAUUCGGAAAGGUAAAGAAGCCAGACGUGAGAGCCACACUCGUCCCCACACCAUCUCCUCUGGUGACCAUUCAGAUGGUCUCAGGCCGGGGUCUCGGACUGAUGCUGCCAGGGUGGUCCAUCAGUACCAGGAGUCGGUCCAGAGCAAAGCCAAAAGUCCAGGCAAGAUGUCGCAGAGCACCAGUGGCUCAGCCAGUCUCAGUCACUUUUCUGCAGUGAAAAAACCAUGGGAGCCUAAGCCCAUGUCCGUCCAGCCUCCAGUGUUGGGGAAAGGAGUAAAACAUCAGCCCCCACCUAGCCAGCUUCCCUCAAGCUCAGGAAAGAGUUCCUUGGGAAACAAUUUUCCUCUAAAACUGGGAGGCAGAGUUCUGAAGUCUCUUGCUCCUGCUCCUCCUCGUGCUCCUGCUCCUCCUGCAGCUCCAGGUCUGUCCGGGAAGUCCUCUGUGGAUCUCAGUGUCCAGGUCUCCGCCAGCUCUUCCACAGCAACCCCGGCCACCCAGGCCAUGGCAAAGGACGCUGGCCCGAAGGUCGUCAGACUGCUGGGCCCGAUCCCUGGAAACCAGGCUUUGGCGAGUGGUUCAAACGCCGCGCUGGGCCGUCCCACUGCUGCCUUGGCCCCCGCAGCAAUGGGCGCGAGCGGCCCUCCGUCCUCAGGAGGUCAGCUUCCAAAGGCACAGCCUGCCGUAGUGCAGGCGACUUCUCCAGCAGGUGUUCAGCUUUUUGCCAAAGAUGCCUCAGGGGUCAGGCCCUUAGCUCUGCUCCAGGUCCCACCUGGUUCCCUCCUUUUGAACACCCAGCAGCAGCAGCAGUUCUUGCUGAUUCCGCAGCAGCACUUUCAGGGAACCAUAACUUCUCGGCCUCCACAGCCAGUGCCACAGGCUUCCGUACAAGCUUCGAGCAGUCAGGGCCAGGCCUUGCCCGCUCAGCAGGCCGUUGUGGUUAACCUCUCUGGAGCGGGAAGUGUCCAGCAGCCCCAAGCAGCUGUGGUGUCUCAGCUUGGCCCUGCGCAGAGAAGACCCGGGCAGAGCCUUCCUCAGCAGGCGUCCCAGCUGCCCCCUGCCUUGCCACUGCAGCAGCUGCAGCCGCAGCUGGGAGGCUCGCAGCAGCCGGUGGCUCUGGCCACAGCAUCCACUCAAACAGCUGAGCUGCGUCUGCGUGGCCACGCAGCAAGCCAGCCCAAAGGGAAAAAGAAGAAAGGCCCCCCGGGCCCUCCCAAGUCCUGAGUCUUCAGUCAUUUUCUCUCUCUUUUUUAGAAACACAGGAGCACUGAUCCAAAUUAAUUGCCCGUUUUUACUUCAGAUUUGGUGUUUUAAAUGUGUCGAUUAAUGUUUUACACUUUAAGGUACACACUUUAUACAGAAGCACGCUCCCAUGAAAUUUAUAUGGAAACAGGGAAGCGAUUUAAUCAACUCGAAGGUUUUGCUGAAGUUAUUCCUUUUUGUUGUAAUUAACAAAAAUAUUUUAAUAUAAUAUUUUAAAGUGUAUCCAAAUCCCAAGUAGGUUCAGUUUAUGCUCCUAAAGCUUAUAAUUUCGCUAAACAAUAAAAUUGCGAUACCAGUAUAGUUGAAGUUAAUAUUUUAACAAGAUGAGUAGGAUUUUUAAAGUUCUUAAUUGUGUUAAAAACACAAUGUAAAAUUUACUGUCUUAACCGUUUGUAAGUGUCCAGUUCAGUAGUGUUAAGCACAGCCACAUGGUUGUGCCCCAGAUCUCCAGGCUGUUUUCAUCUUGCAAAAAGUGACAGUCUGUGCCCGUUGAAUGCCAGUCCCCAUUGCCCUCCCCCAGCCCCUUCGGGGCACUUUCUGUCUACUGUCUCCAAGAGUCUGACUGUUCUGGGGACCUCAUGUUAGUAGAAGCAUACGAUUUUCCUCCUUUUGUGACUGGCUUAUUUCACUCAGUGUGAUGUGCCCAAGGUUCACCCAUGUUGUCUCAGGCAACAGGAAGAUCAUUGCCGUUGCUCUGUAAAAUGGUUUCAUUGCACAUAAUAUGUACAGAGGUGACCUGUGAACUUUGAGAAACAUCUUCCCAAAGAAUGUAAUUGGUACUUCUUGAGUUUAAAAGGCUUUUUACAAUGUUUGCAAUGUAAUUACUACAAAUCCAUUUAGAAAAAUAAAGUAUGACAAAAAGGUGCUAGUCACAUUGUCACGUUGGAAUGAGUACAUCAGAGAUCUCCAAAGCUGUGGAAUGAA